ACCGAGAGGAAAUUGCAGACUAUUAACCUCUGCAUUUUCUCUGUUUCCCCACCUGAGCCUCAAAUUCAUAGUGACUGGAAAUGGGUGGCUUUGGGCUUACUCAAGGCUGGCCAGAAUACCCAGGAUAGACUUUUUCUGAGGCUCUUGACUCUGUGACCAGGGCUGCCAUACAAGCUCCCCCAUGGGCAGCAGCGGCCAUCUGCUCCUCUAGACCUGGGCAGGGACAGGUCUGGGUCUCCUUUAGCUCUUUGCAUCUCAGGUUCUGCUGUCUGUCACUCGUCCUUGCUGGACUCAGGCCCAGGGCAUUCCAGGCUUUGAGAAACGCUUGUGCAUUUAUUGCUUUGCUCAGGUGUCAUCACUCAGUAUGUCAUGCCUUUAUAUACAUCAUUCCCUAGCCCUACCUUUAUUUUAAACAGAAACAACACCGUUUUCUAACCCACUAUGGUAGGCAGAGUGCAAACCAUUCCCAGCAGUUGGGGACCACGGUUUGUGUGAAGGUCGAGCGCAGUCGGCACUGUAAUUCCCACUUGAGCUUCAGAGCUCCCUCCAGUUCUCUAGUGGGUUUUCAAACUACUUUCCAGAACCCGAAGCCUCCGGGCGACCCCAAUCAUUCGCUUCAACCAGCGCCGCUCCCUAUUGCCUUCGUUCCACGCAGUCGUGCCUUUUAUGCAAGGCUCACUCUGAAGAAAGGGUUUGGCAUAUACAAAAAGGCUGGAAAACCUGUGGGUGACCGUGGAGCCGGGCUUGUCGGCCCCGUCCCGAGGCUAUGGCUCCUGCCGCGCGGGACAGCUGCGGGGCGCCCCUGAAGAGCCCCAUCUCCCGGCUGGUGCCCUUCGCUUGCCCAGGGGGCGCAGCGCCUGCUUCUAGGGGUUGAGACAAGCGCUCGCGCCUGACGCGGGGACCCCGGCAUGGACUAAGAGCGGACCUCCGCCCACCGGGUCCAGUCGCGCCUUGCCUCCAGCUACCGCCCCAACACUGGACCGUGCCGCCAGCUGCUGACCUGUUCCGGAGCACGCCGCGCAGGCGCCUUGAAGUCGUAGCGUCAUUUGUCCUCUCGGCGCCCCGUAGUGUGGUCUCCCUAGUGACACGUUACCUGGGGGCGUGGAGGGGGCGGAACCAGGUGGGCCGUCGGCUCUUAAAGGAACCGGGGCUCGGGGCGCGGGAGGCGGCGCCACUGGAUUCAACGCGGGGCGCGCGGUCCCGAGCAGACUCUAAUUGGAUGGAGGCCCUUAGUGGGCAGCCUCAGCCACCCCUGAGACUGUGUGUCCUGGGCCAGGUGCAAUGGCAGAGAAGGUGCUGGUAACAGGUGGGGCUGGUUACAUCGGCAGCCACACGGUGCUGGAGCUGCUGGAGGCUGACUAUUUCCCUGUGGUCAUCGACAACUUCCACAAUGCCAUUCGUGGACGGGGCGCCAUGCCUGAGAGCCUGCGACGGGUUCAGGAGCUGACAGGCCGCUCUUUGGAGUUUGAAGAGAUGGACAUCUUGGACAAAGCAGCCUUGGAGCAUCUCUUCAAGAAGCAUAGCUUUAUGGCUGUCAUCCACUUUGCGGGGCUCAAGGCCGUGGGUGAGUCAGUGCAGAAGCCCCUGGAUUAUUACAGAGUUAACCUGACAGGAACCAUCCAGCUUCUGGAGAUCAUGAGGGCCCACGGGGUGAAGAACCUGGUAUUCAGCAGCUCUGCCACCGUGUACGGGAACCCCCAGUACCUGCCCCUGGAUGAGGCCCACCCCACAGGUGGCUGUACCAACCCAUAUGGCAAGUCCAAGUUCUUCAUUGAGGAAAUGAUCCGGGACCUGUGCCAGGCAGACAAGGCCUGGAAUGCAGUGCUGCUGCGAUAUUUCAACCCCACGGGCGCCCAUGCCUCUGGCUGCAUCGGUGAGGAUCCCCAGGGCAUCCCUAACAACCUCAUGCCCUAUGUCUCCCAGGUGGCGAUUGGGCGACGGGAGGCACUGAAUGUAUUUGGCAACGACUAUGACACAGAGGAUGGCACAGGCGUCCGGGAUUACAUCCAUGUCGUGGAUCUGGCCAAGGGCCACAUCGCAGCCUUGAGGAAACUGAAGGAGCAGUGUGGCUGCAGGAUCUACAACCUGGGCACGGGCACAGGCUAUUCGGUGCUGCAGAUGGUCCGGGCCAUGGAGAAGGCCUCUGGAAGGAAGAUCCCAUACAAGGUGGUGGCACGCCGGGAAGGUGAUGUGGCUGCCUGUUAUGCCAACCCCAGCCUGGCCCUCCGGGAGUUGGGCUGGACAGCAGCCUUAGGGCUGGACAGGAUGUGUGAAGAUCUAUGGCGCUGGCAGCAGCAGAAUCCUUCAGGUUUUAGCACACAGGCCUGAGACCCUCUCCUACCAUGGACCAGAAAAGGAAGAGUAACAACUGCCUACUCUCCAGCAUCUGGCAGGAACCCAGGGGCCUCAGAGCCUGCCCUACCUCAGACCCCAGCUGGCCCACUCAGCCCACCGGGCAUGAGGCCGAGGGCUCCACGGACCAGGAAUCGGGGGUCUCUAACUCUUCUUUUCCACAGGGUCCAGGAACAGGGUGGGGGAGGCAGGGUCCUAAGACAAAACACCCUCCCCUCCCAGGCAUUAAUUUAUACUGCUAUGAAGACCCUCUCCAAAGUAUUUAAAAUAAAAAAUUUUCUUACACUGGA